CUGCUCUAGGUUGCACAUGAGCAAACUUUUCAUUACAGGUGCAAUUCCUAGAAGAUAUAACCUGCUUAGCAAGUGAGGGAGAGAACCUGCUUGACUCAGAGAACAGAGUGUUCUGGCAGUCCCUGCAUGGUAGAGAGGACCCACAAGCAGACGACGUGGUGCUGUUUACCCUGAAGAAGUGAGUGUGUGUGCUGGAAAGCGCUGACCGCUCUAAUGGAUCGCAUGGAGCUGCAAAAAGUCAACAUCGAACUUGAUGAUCAGAGCAACAGUGGGGAAAGCCUAGAAGAUAACUACACGGAGCUGGUUGAUUCAGAAAAGGCUGCAAUUAGAAGUGCAUUUGCUAGUGAUGAUGCAGAAAGUCAGAAAUUCCUUACAAAUGGAUAUCUGGGUAAAAAGAAAUUGGAAGAAUAUAAUGAAGAAUAUCACCGGGGCAGAGCUUCCUUUGGAAUGUCCUCGUUCAACCUCAGCAAUGCCAUUAUGGGCAGUGGCAUCUUAGGGCUCUCCUAUGCCAUGGCCAACACAGGAAUUAUCCUUUUCAUAGUUUUGCUGCUCAGCGUAGCAAUACUGUCACUCUACUCGGUCCACCUCUUACUGAAGAUAUCAAAAGAAGGAGGAUCAUUAAUAUAUGAAAAACUGGGAGAAAAGGCAUUUGGCUGGCCUGGGAAGUGUGGUGUUUUUAUUUCAGUUACAAUGCAGAACAUUGGAGCAAUGUCAAGCUACCUCUUUAUUAUUAAAUAUGAACUUCCUGAAGUGAUCAGAGCAUUCAUGAAACUUGAGGAGAGUUCUGGGGAAUGGUACCUAAAUGGGAAUUACCUCGUCAUACUCGUAACAAUUGGGAUUAUUCUUCCUCUCUCCCUUCUAAAGAGCUUAGGUUAUCUUGGUUAUACGAGUGGUUUUUCGCUGACCUGUAUGGUUUUCUUUGUCAGUGUGGUAAUCUUCGAGAAAUCCCAAAUACCAUGUCCUCUCCCCAUCAUGGACCAUGGGGUUGAAAACUGGACCACUACCAACAACACAGUGCCAAUGCACCUGGUCAUGUUACCAAAUGAGUCUCUCAGUUCUGGUGUGAAUUUCAUGAUGGACAACACAGCUGGGCACUUGCCAGGCCUUGAGGAGCCAAAAGAUACCUCCCCCAAAAGUGGUGUAGAAUAUGAAGCACACAGCGACAGUAGUGACAUGUGUCAGCCAAAAUACUUUGUGUUCAACUCACGGACUGCCUAUGCAAUACCCAUCCUGGCAUUUGCAUUCGUAUGCCACCCUGAGGUGCUACCAAUAUACAGUGAACUGAAAGAUCGCUCCAGAAAGCGGAUGCAGAAUGUCUCAAAUAUCUCCAUCACUGGCAUGCUUAUCAUGUAUCUUCUGGCUGCACUCUUUGGAUAUCUUACCUUCUAUGGAGAAGUUGAAGAUGAGCUACUUCACACAUACACCAAAGUGUACACCUUCGACACCCUCUUACUGUCAGUUCGCCUGGCAGUGCUGGUGGCUGUAACCCUGACUGUGCCCCUUGUCCUUUUCCCUAUCCGUUCAUCUAUCAGUGCGUUGUUGUUUCCCAAAAGGCCAUUCAGCUGGAUAAGACAUUUCCUGAUUGCAGCAGUAAUUCUUGCUUUUAAUGACCUGCUUGUAAUUUUUGUCCCAACUAUUAAAGAUAUCUUCGGAUUUAUUGGUGCCUCUUCUGCUACAAUGCUGAUUUUCAUCCUCCCCGCUGCCUUCUACCUGCGUCUGGUUGAGAAGGAGCCCCUGAGGUCUCCCCAGAAGAUUGGGGCUCUAAUUUUUCUCAUACUUGGCAUAAUCUUCAUGAUUGUGAGUAUGACUCUUAUUGUAAUGGACUGGAUUUACAAUCCCCCAAGUUCCAGACAUCACUAACCUGUGGAGACAACCGAGUGCUUUUUAUACCAUAAAUAUUUCUACUGUGUGCUCCGAAGGACACCGAAAUGGGACUGUUAUUCCUAGCUAGUAACUGCAGUAUUUUGAAGACAGUUUCUGGUAAGGUCACUAGAACCCAAUGGAGUCUACAUAUCCUUUUCACUAAGGAUCGUUAUUUAUGCAUUAGGAACCUGAGCUUACCAUUUCUGGCCAGGUGAAAUGAUAUGUGUGAUGUGGAUGCUUUCUAUUUUCAAAACCAAAAUAACUGUGUACCUAGUCCUCAAAAAUAGCUCGGUGUCACCCUUUUCAACCUAUUCCAUCAUGCUAAUAACCACAGUUCCUAGAGUCCUGGAAAGGUAAUGGCCGGAAAACCAUCUAGUUCCUUGUUUUUUAUCUGAAGCUUGUGGGCAUGGCUGCUCAGCUCCAAGAGGAAGGGUGCGGUUUCUGUAGGGGUCUGAAAGGUGACUGGUCCCUACCAACUGGUCUACUGGAAAGAUGAUGGCUUUGACAAGCUUGUGGACAAAACUGAGCAUCAGAUUUGUUGCCCAAAUACAUCACCCUUGGCAGAUGUCAGCUGUCGUACAGAAUAAAGUUCUCUGGCACAAACUCUGUGCUGGGUCAUGUGCUUGAACAGUUGAGCAUUCACAUUUUGUUGUUAAAGAUGCCUGUGCUGGAAACAUCAGGCUUUUCUGCUGUGGGGGUUUUUUGUUUGUUUUCUUUACUUUUUUAAUUCUUUUGUGAGCUUUCAUCACUGAACAAGUUGUAUCCUCCAUAGAAACUUGUCUUCCAUUCUCACGAGAAUUUAAGGAGACCACAAGUUGUGGCAAAGCACCCUAUCCAGUAUUGCUCGGUACUUGUGUAUUUGAUAAAUGUUCAGUGCAGGAAACUGUAAUUUGAUAUAUAUAAAAAUAUAUGUAUUUAUGUAAACAAUUUUUGUUUUCCUCUAGUUAUAAAAAUACUACCCUGUGGUAAAUGAUUUCUGAAAUUUUUUUAUGUGUCACUCUGUUUUCAUAGCCACACACUUAAUAUUGUUUUGAAGAAAACAUAUUGGAUUAGUGGGUUUGUAAAAGGUUCAUUUUUAUUCAGCAGUGUUUAAAACAUACCUGUAGCAAGCCCUAACGGUUACCUGUGUAAAAACACAUUUGGAUGUUUACUACUUAUGUUACAAUAAAUUGCAAGAUGUUUUCCUCUUGAGAAUUUUUAAUACAUGCCUCACAGUUCUGUAAUAUCAUUGUACACCAUAAACCUGGGUAACUUGCUUCAACUCUCUACCUUAGCUUCUCUCUGCAUAUGCUAGCUUUCAACUAUAUACAUAAUUAAGGUACGCAAAGGAAAAGACAUUAUUGACAAUCUCAAGUGUAAUCAUGCUAUGCAGCUGUGCAAGACAGAAAAAAAAAGGUUAAGUUCUAUGUUAUAUGGAUGCUUAAUUAAUGCUCAGCACCCUCCAGACUGCGAUUUUGGCUGUGCUGUGGAUUACCCACUACAUAUGCUCUCUGCUCACACCAAAGGAAAAUAGUCAGAGAAGUCACGUUAACUCCAUAGCAGAGGGAAUGAGUGCAAAGAUGCAACUGUUGCUUUUAACACGCUUACACAAAUCCAGGCUCAUGUAAUUGUAGUUUUCAUUUUCCAACUCAGAAAUCUGUUGAGCACACACCUGUGAAUUCAGAAAGCUAUAAAGCGCACAAGUGUCUCUGCUCACUCCUCAACCUCGCACAAAAUUGUGUGUGUGUAUGUGUGUGUAUAAAUGUGUGAUACUUACAGGUAAACCAGAAAGGCACACCAAAUAUGUAUUCCAUUCCAACUGCUGUCUGUAUGAGCAGUAUUUUAUGCUCGUUUGAAUACUGUAUCCUUAAUAUACUGGGGCACGCUUCUUCAUGAACGCUAAGUCUGGCUUUACAUUUUUUAAAGAAAAAGGUGCCAAUAAUAUUUUUCUUUAUUUUAAGAACACUAAUUCAAAUAAUGCUGCAUUAUUGUUGCAGGUACCUUUAACAUGGACUAGAGUUAACAAUAAUGCACCCACACACCUUUCUUCCUGUGACCAUGACUGAGAGUUACGCGUAUGGAAAAACUGAACUGUAACUGUGUCUUUGCUUCAGAGCAAAAGCACAUAUUGUGACUGCAGCUGCACGUAGAGACUUAUCUAGAGAGAGAAUUCAUGUAGCCCACUAAAAAUAUAAAAGAUCUCAAGAAAAAUAACAGAAAAACUAUGGAACAAUGGCAUAAUUCACGGUCUUUUCACAGUGCAAACCUGUCAGUGUCCAAAACCAAAGUAGAGAGUCUGUAACAUGUCCAUUUUUCAAGUUAAAAUAUGUUGGUCACAGUGAUAUGCAGCUGCUGCACACACUGUAAGGGUAGUAUUGCAUACUAACUUAUUAGCACUGCUGGAAGUGGUGGAUGUUGGAUUUUCUUGCUCAUUUUGUAAUGUUGACAGUAGGCCUUGUGAGGGUUUUUAUUACAAAACCAUCCAUGGACGUAUAAUAAAUGAU